AAGAAAGACAUUUUUGGAGGCAGGAGCAAACUUUGAAGCGGCUCCAAAGAGAAGCUACACAUGCACAGGGUAGACCGGACGUUGGGAGCAGCUGUCGUUGUAAAUUUUAUGGUCGCCUAAACGCUAAAGUAAGGAGUAUUUUGCAGUAGAAAUCGCUGGACGUGAAAGUGAAGACUUCGAUCGUAAUUUGCUGGGUUGAGUGGAAUCCAAUUUUAUCAUCCUACAUCGUGCGUUUCAUUCCUGAGAAAAGCAGCCAAGUGGUCUUGGAAAUAGUGUUUGUCCACCAGUAGGGUGAGGAUUCGAGAUGUAUCCAGCUGAUACUGAACUGACGUAGUAGUACUGUUGGAAUACUGGGAGAUAGCCCACUGAGUCAGAGCUUCAGAAAUGGAGUCCCCUUGCUUGUCAAGGCAUGAGCUCACGACUCUCCUGCAGAAUGUCCUGUCUGAGAAUGCCAUGGGUGCAAGCCUGGAGGUGAUCUGGCAGCACUUCAACAGGGAAUUUCCGAAGGCAGACCAUUUCCGCAUUGGCGAAUCACUGAUGCUGUUAUUAGCUGAGCCAGAUCUGCUGUCCAGCAGUGCACAGAGGAUAGGCGCCAUGAGCAUUCUGUUCAGUGUCUGCUCAGAGCCAGUGGAGUCGAACCCGUUUGCACCGUUCUUUGCCCAGCUCCUGCAGUGUCCAUCAUCAACACCGAAUAGCAGCACUCCACCUUUGGCAUCGCCACAAGAAAAAGCUUUCUUGGCUCGACUGGUAACUGGUCCAACAAGAGAGCUUUUCAAGGAGUCAUGCCGGUAUAUUGCCUCAGCUGAUGUCUCGGCGAUAAACUAUGACUACAGUAAGAUCGCCUCUAGAUUAUGCCAAGCUCAGAAGUCCUAUCCACCUCGUGUGCAAGUCGGCCGAUCUUGUGUCAUUGCUGAUCCCGGUCCUGACACACAGCCCGGGAGACCUGAUUCGCAGGCUGUUUGGAUGACUGCUGAGCAGCUAUUUCUAGGCGAUAGCCGGUGUCUUGGUACAUUUGAGCCACCAAUGCUGAGACCUCCACCACCACUACAUACAGUCGAAGAUGAGCUAAUGUGGUUAAAUCCGCCAAUGUCUCCACCGUCCAUCCAGUGGGAUUACACGAUGUGCAUACCAGUAGCAACCACACAGGAAACUGAAACGGAGCUCAAGCAGGUACUGCAAGAUGCAUGUCGGUCUGUUCUAAAUCCACAGCAGCAGAACUUCUUCCUUUCUAAACUAGAAGCCGACCCUGAUCUCAUCUACCACAUUGGCCUCACUCCUAAAAAGCUGCCGAAAUUGAUUGAAUACAAUCCUCUUGUGGCCAUCGAGGUCUUGCUGAAGCUAACAACGACCAGUGCCAUCACCGAUUAUUUCGGGGAGAUCAUUACGAUGGAGAUGUCUCUUCACUCCAUGGAGGUUGUCAAUCGUCUCACUACGCUGGUGGAGCUCCCCAACGAGUUCAUUCAUCUCUAUAUCAGCAACUGCAUCUCCCAGUGUGAGAAAGUCAAGGAGAAAUACAUGCAGAAUAGACUGGUGCGACUGGUAUGUGUGUUCCUGCAGUCGAUGAUUCGCAACCGUCACUGCAACAUCCAGGAGAUCUUCAUCGAGGUGCAGGCGUUCUGCAUCGAGUUCAGCCGCAUACGCGAGGCAGCCGGCCUUUUCCGUCUUCUCAAGAGCUACGAAGAAGGAACCCUUCCAGCAGCAGAGUCUAACAGCGGUGUUACGUCAUUAGCGGCGGCGGCAGCAGCAGCGGCUGCAGCAAGUUCCGGUGUAGCUGGUGCAAUGGGUGCAGCAAGUACGGACAGCAACACGUAGCAGUGACAUCUUAGACUGUGCUUACAAGUGCGCUGUGUGCGCUGAUUUCAGCAGUUACACCCGAUGAUCAGGCUGCCUUUGCGUAGGAUAACAUUAUCUAUUUCAAGAUCCAGUUCUAACGUUACCAUCUCCUCCUCUCGAGUACCGUACUCCGUGGCACGCCAUAGCUCACAUGUAGCUGUGGCGUGAUAUCAAGCCUAGCACCAAGCAGUGUAUUGCGUCGCAUCUUCCAUUGCCAACAGGGCCUUACAAGAGCCAUGUUCUGCAGCGAGUGGUCUGACUGCUAGGUACCUAGUGUAGCCAUACUGCUACUACUAGACGGCCGUAGUCAAGGUAGACAAAUGCGCGUGUGUGUGCACGCGCAUGUGUGUGUGUAUGUUUGUGUGUGUGCACGCGCAUGUGUGUGUGGCUACUGCUGCUGCCUUCACCUUUAUCGCUACCACCACUGCUGUUGGUGUGAUUUGUGCUGUUCUCAUGAUCACAGCACUGCUAACAGUUACAGCAGCUGAUGUCCUUAUUAGCUGUCGCUGGCCACAGUCGACUACUUGUCUUGUACCCCCGCCGUGGCCGGGUUUGGUUGGGCACAACGCAAUUGAUUGCUUUUGUCAUUGUCGGUUCCGCUUCGGUUUCAGCUGUGAGAGGAUAACUUUUUUCCUUUCUUUCUUUUAUUAGUUCCUUUCUCCAAACAUCUAUUCACCGGUGUUUCUAGUUGCAGUUUCUUGCUUCUUUUGUUGACUUUUAUUGUCGUGUCUUGUUUGCUGUUCUUUCUCAUUUGAGUUUAUGUAGUGGUGGUGGUGGUAGUAGUAGUUGUUGUUGAUGUAGUGUGUUGUUAUUGUUGUUGUUUCAUUAUCCUCCCCGUUGCACAUAGACUAUUUUGCAUGGCUUGCUCUGGACAUAAUGUACAGUGUUGCAGCAGCCGUUUGUCUGCCUCUAUCCAAUGCUUUCUAUUCCGUUAUUGUCCGCAGAUGUAUCUGCUUUUGUCUGCUGUUGCAUAUUCGCUGGCUGACACGAGUAUAUGGGUGAACGUGAUAACCCCAAUGACGCCUUUGAGAAUUAGAUUUUUUCCUCUAUUUCGUUAUGGACGCAUUUUGCCGAUGAUUCUGCUGGUGACUUCUCCUAGCCCGUGUCUUGUCGUUGAGUUGGAGUGUUUCUUUCCUUCCAUGAUCAGAUGUACUCUCA